CACGUGUGAGAGAAGUGGGCGGGGUUGAAAAGUGUAAACACCAACUGUGCUCUUCGGAUUAGCUCCUGACUCCAGAGGAUCCAUGGUGGCGAAGAUCAACAAAAAUGAUUCUUUAGCGUUUAAAACCUGUAACGCAAAAUGCGAUGCUACCUUCACGCAUUUCUCCUGUGCGUGAUCCUCACCCUGUGCUCACUGCUCUAUGUGUUCAGUAAACUAGCCUCCACCUUGGAGGACAGGGAUGAGUGGAGGGACGUCAGCGAGCAGGGGAUACCGGGGAGGAGCAGUCAUGACACCGGGCACCUGCUCAGGAAAGGACCGGGACUGGCAGGCCUCCGGGACCGCGGUGAAGACGGACUUGACAGGUGUAAAUCACUGUCAGUUUCUUACUGGAGUCCAUAUUGGAGACUGCCUGCUGAUGUUUGUGGAGUGAGCUGCUUUUUGGACUCUACUCUUAGAGUGAGGUCAGGUGCUGCUGUGAAAGAAUAUAUCGAUGACAGGAGUCACCUGGCUGUGGUGGCCUGUGGCCCCAGGCUAGAGGAGACUCUCACCAUGCUGAAGUCUGCUGUUCUCUUCAGCAAAAAGCCUCUGCACUUUUAUAUCUUUGCUGAGGAUAAUCUACAUGUCAGCUUCAGAAGUGCUCUGGAAUCCUGGCCCAGAACAGUCCAAACCAAGUUUAAGUUCACCAUCUAUCCCAUCACUUUUCCCAAGGAGAAUGCAAAGGAGUGGAAGAAGCUCUUCAAACCUUGUGCUUCUCAGAGACUCUUCCUCCCACUGAUCUUGAAGGAGGUGGAUUCUUUGCUGUAUGUGGACACAGAUAUAAUUUUCCUUCGCCCGGUCGAGGACAUGUGGGCUUUGCUUUCUCAGUUCAGUUCAAGCCACUUAGGUGCCAUGGCUCCAGAGCACGAGGAGCCACGUAUCGGCUGGUACAACCGUUUUGCCCGUCACCCUUAUUAUGGCAAGACGGGCAUCAACUCAGGUGUCAUGCUCAUGAACAUGACUCGCCUCAGGGAGAAAUCUUUUAAGAAUGACAUGACCACAGUUGCACUGCGGUGGGAGGAAAUUCUGAUGCCUCUUCUUCAGAAGUAUAAACUCAAUAUCACUUGGGGGGACCAGGACCUACUAAAUAUCAUAUUUCAUCAUAACCCAGAGAGCCUGUAUGUGUUCCCCUGCCAGUGGAACUACCGUCCAGACCACUGUAUCUAUGGCAGCAACUGUCAACAGGCUGAACAAGAAGGUGUCUUCAUUCUCCAUGGUAACAGGGGAGUGUACCAUGAUGACAAGCAGCCAGCGUUUCGAGCCGUCUAUGAAGCCAUCCAAAAGUACCAGUUUGGCAAGAACAUGGAGGCGUUCCUGCUUCAGCCUCUAGAAGCAUCGCUACAGACCACCACACACACCUACUGUGGAAGAGCCAGCCACCUUUUUACCAAGAGGUUAAAACAGAGCAUCAUGUCUGCUCAACAGGACGUCGCACAACGACAACAAUCAGGCCCCCUCUUAAAUAGCACUCCAUGAAUAACGUCUCCCUGGAUGAAGAUUCUUGGGUGGAAAACACUCCUGUGGAGUCGAUGCGCUGGACGAGAAACAGACUCAGGUCAACACUGAAUAAUCAUCUGUUUACAAACUACAUAUCAAGAUUGUGUAAAUGAGGAACAGUUGUCUGUUCAACAGGUUUUGUUUUUUAUUUGAAUGAAACUAAUGAUGGUACAUAUCUGUCCAAUGAACACAACAAAUGCUCCAUGGUGGAAAAUGUCCUAAAUCCACUUUGCCUUGCAGAGAUUUUUGACAUAAUAUCUGAAGAUAAAGACACAUAUUUCCAGACAAUCAGGUUAAUAAUAAUAAUAAUAUUAUAUAGAUAUACAUCUAUAUAAUAUACUUUUUUUAUUGAGAGAAAGAUCCUGCAGUCAUGCAAGUGUCCAAGGUCGUUGUGAUAAAAACGACACUCAGCAGGGUACUUAAAUAUGUUAUUUGAGUAUUUUAUUAGAGUUGUUUAAAUAUAACUUUGCAUACAGGCUUUGUAUUAGUCUUUUUGUCUAUGCAGUAUCAUAGAAAAGGAUUGUCAUUAAUCCUUCUUCAAACUUGUAGAGUAGAAUCUGAUCAGUAUUUAUUGUUGUUUAACAUCUGUCACAGGAAGCACUUUUGAUGUUUCACAUAAAACUAACAUUUCAUGUACUCUGGUAUGGGAGUUUUUAAAGCAUUGCUUGCUAUUGUAGGGUUUACACUGAUCCAACCUCUUCUCUAUGUGAAAUGAAAAAUGUGUUGUCCCAUUUUUUUCUGCGUAAUGUAUCCUUGUUCACCAUAAAUGUCAGAAGAUCUGUAUCAGAGUGUUUUUACGUCAAAGUCUAUUUUUUUUGUUCUGGCAAAACAGUAUCAAAUGCCCUCAAGACCUCCAUCAUCCAAUCAAAUGUGUAGAUUCAGUUUGAACCUGAACAUUUCAUUAACCUUACCAAUACCACACAUGUUUACCUGAAACUGUCACAGAGAGCAGUUUCUAAUCGAGCCAGCUAGCAUCAUGAAAACUGCUCUAAGACUGGAUCAUCAAACAUUUGCACUAUUGAUUAAAGAUUGUAACUAUGAAAUCAGAUAUAAGAAAGUGAUGUUUGACAGAAAAUAAAAUGUAUAAACAUUAAAACGUGUGGGAAAUGGAUAUAAUAUCUACAUUGUAAACACUUUAAGAUGAUUAAACCGUUUUAUCACCCAUGAUACUGUUUUUAAUAGCUGUAAAUUAUGUGUGAUUGAAAUGAGGAUGUAUUGAAAAACAUCACACAUCUCUGUGAUGUGGUUUGCUUCUUUUAAAGUAAUUAUAUAUAUUUUUAGAUGCAAAAAUCUACUAUACAUUAAGAGAACCUCUUUUAAAGUAUUGAUGAAAAAUAAAUGCAAUUGCCCUGCAGGCUACUUGUUGCCCACUCACUCCACACAAAGUCUGAGCAUGAGCCAUGUCCGAGAAGGCAGCAGCAAGCUGAAAAUAAGAAAUCAAUGUGUGAGUAUGAAGACUUUAGAAAGUGUUAGAUGUCCAAAAAAGGAGCUGAUGUGUCUGGGUCAGUCGCCUCUGGCUCUUCAUUUCACAGGCAGAUUGAGGGACGUGCCUGGAAUCUGCAGUAGGUCUGCAUGAUGAAUUUAAAAUGGUCUGAGGAGCCGUUAGAUGUAUCCCCUUUCGUUCUUGCCAGGGAACGGGAAAGUGAGCAGCAAAACAUUUUCAG